AUGGGAAAAAUCUGGGUUGAGAUCUGCUUAAUAUCCGCAAGGGGGCUGAGGCGUACCUCAGCUCUUUGGAAGCUUCAAUGGUUUGCUGUUGGAUGGAUUGAUCCGAAUAAUAAAUACUGUACAAAGAUUGAUGCAUCAGGGAAUGCAAAUCCUGUUUGGAAGACUAAGUUUUCUAUAUUAGUCGACAGCUCGGAGUCCAAUUUUAAUGAGUGCGCCCUCUCUGUUGAAGUGUACAGCCGGGAACCGAUAUUCCUUAGAGAAAGGCUCCAGGGAACAGCAGCUAUUGUUUUGAAAGAAUUUCUAGACAAAUACUCUAAGAAUUCCGAGGUUUCGAAGCCAGUUGAAGAAGUUGGGAGCUUUCAGUUGCGGAAAAGGAAUUCCAAUAAACCUCAAGGGUUUGUUGAUGUAUCAAUUCGAAUUUCAGAGAAAGAAGAAGAAUUGAAUUCUUACCCAGAUCUUGCAGGUGAUGGGGAAGGAUUUAGACUUCAUGAUCGCAGAAACAGCAAUGCCAUGGCUAAUCCAUAUGGACCAGCACAAUCGUACCCACCAAAGUUGCCCUUGGCCCCGUCAUCUCAACAACCAGAGAAUGAAUCACAAAUAAAUGUGCCUUACAAGCAUCCAAUGUCAUUUCCUACAAACUAUUCCAAUUCUUCUGCAGGAGGUCCAAGCUACCAAUCAUCAGCAGGACCUAGCUAUCAACCACAGGUAACUCCAAGACCACCACCUUCAGCAGUAGGACCUGGCUAUCAACCACCAAAAACUCCUCCACCUCCACCUCCGCCAUCCAAUGUUGGUUAUAUUUCAACAUUUAAUCCAAGAACGGAUAAUUUGCCUCCGAGUUACAUAAACAUGCCUUCAUCUGGAGCAGCCCCUGGACAUAACAGCCGCCCUGGUUUGGGACUGGGGUUGGGUGCUGGAGCAUUAGCAGCUGGCGCGGUCAUAUUUGGAGAUGAUUUUAUGUCAGGAUAUGAUCUGCCGAGUGCGAGUUUCAACAUAUCUACUGAUCUUCCAUUCUGAGAGAGGGCUACUUUAUUUUUAUGCAUAUCAGUGUUUGUCCCAUAAUAAAUGUUACUUUGUGAUGACAGUCUGAAAACUGGGAAGUUUGUUUUGUUUUAUUUUUUACUCCGGCAAUGUAAUAAGUAAAUUGACGAGUGUGGCAUCGGUCAUCAGUUUUCAGAUGAUCCUUUGCAGUAGCUUCAAAUAUAUCCCAUGGACACUGUGUUAAGUUUA